UUUAUCACGGCGGCGCCCCCUUGUGGCAGACUACGCUACCACCGCCCGCCAUGUGCUCGUGUUACAACAACAGUUGUUUAAGAGUCGUUGCCGCGUUCGUGUGUCAUUCAGCUUGAUUAUUAAAUUACAUUACAUUUCGACUGUUUUCUGUAUUACAUUGUGAAUUUUACAACAUGGCUGUACGCGUGCAAUUUGAAAAUAACAACGAGGUCGGGGUGUUCGCCAAAUUAACCAACACCUACUGUCUGGUUGCAAUCGGUGGCAGUGAAAAUUUUUACAGUACAUUCGAGGCCGAGCUGGACGAGGCCAUUCCCGUCAUUCACACCUCCUUGGCCGGUUGCAGGAUAAUCGGACGCAUGUGCGUGGCGAACAGAAAUGGAUUGCUCGUGCCGGACACCACGACAGAUUCAGAGCUGCAGAACUUAAGAUACAGCCUGCCAGAUUCAGUCAGAGUCCGGCGAGUGGAAGACAGAUUAUCUGCACUGGGUAAUGUAAUAUCGUGCAAUGACUACGUAGCCUUGGUACAUCCUGAUGUGGAUGCCGAGACAGAAGAAAUCAUCGCUGACACGCUCCAGGUUGAUGUUUUCAAACAGACGAUAGCCAGUAAUGUUCUCGUUGGCUCGUAUUCAGUACUUUCGAAUCAAGGUGGUUUGAUUCACCCUAAAACAUCCAUACAGGAUCAAGAUGAGCUCUCGUCGCUGCUACAAAUUCCAUUGGUUGCUGGCACAGUUAACAGAGGUAGCGAAGUCAUUGGAGGUGGCAUGCUUGUAAACGAUUGGAUUUCUUUCUGUGGUAUGGACACUACAGCAACAGAAAUCUCUGUGAUUGAAAAUAUUUUCAAGCUGCAAGAACCAGUUGGGUCCUGUAUGCGUGCUGCACUCAUUGAAGGCAUGUUGUGA